ACUCACUCGCCAAGGCUCUGACAGAACUCGGUCUGCAGCUGAACCCGGCGAAGUGCGAGGUAGCCAUCAUCGACGCGGCGCCCCAGCUAGCUCAAAACGCAGCGGUCGACAGCAUUCGCAGUGUCCUGCCGGAGAUAACAGAAAUCCCUCUCCACAGCGUCACUCUGCUGGGCGCACCACUGCAGGACGCCAGCCUCACCGCAGCUGCCAAUGGUGCCGCCGAACUCAUCGGACGCCUAUGCACCCGACUGACGCACCUGGACCGACACACUGGACUUUUCUUUCUCGUCCACUACGCGUCAGCGCCUCGCCUCCAGUACCUGCUGCGCUCAGCGCCCCUGUACAAGGUGGUGCCCGCGCUCAAGCUGGUGGACGAGCUGGUGCGAGAAACUCUGGUCGAUAUCACAAACGUAAAUAUCAAUGACCAGCUGUGGGAGCAGGCAAAAUUGCCAUUCAGACUGGGAGGUCUCGGAGUUCGCUCUGUCGAGGACCUGGCACUGCCGUGCUACAUAUCUUCUCUGCACGCUGCUCUGCCACUCCUCCGCAGCAUCUCUCCGGGGCUGCUUCCGGCCAGCGGUGUGCCACCAACCCUGCAGACAGCAAUUCACCGGUUUUCUGAGGUGACAGGGACCGAACAACUGCCGCCCGCCUCAGCUGUCAGCAGCCAGCGGGCCUGGGACACCCUGUCAGCCACUGCGAUUCGCGAUAAGAUGGUCAACUCCGCCAACCAGCUGCACCGGGCACGCCUGGUCGCCGCCAGUCAGCCACACACGGCCGCCUGGCUGCAGGCUGUGCCGGUGCCGAGUCUCGGCCUACACCUGGACGAGGAGUCGGUGCGGGUGGCAGUGGCUCUCCGCCUCGGAGCCACAGUCUGCGAGCAGCACCGGUGCCGUCUGUGCGGACGUCAAGUGGAUCAGCUCGGCCACCACGGGCUCUCCUGCGUGAAGAGCGCCGGUCGUCUCCCACGUCACGCCCAACUAAAUGACGUGGUGAGGCGCGGACUGGCAAGCGCAGGCAUCCCCUCCAUAUUGGAGCCAGUCGGCCUCGACCGGGGUGAUGGCAAGCGACCUGAUGGCCUAACGCUGUUUCCGUACAGCGGAGGCAUGUGUUUGACAUGGGAUGCCACAUGCGCAGACACAUUUGCCGACACUGUGCUGAUUCAGACCGCCCUAGAGCCUGGUGCCGCCGCUCGGGCCGCAGAAGACAGAAAACGGCGCCACUACUCAGAAAUCAGCUCCCGCUUCAAGUUCGUGCCCAUCGCAGUGGAGACCUCCGGGGUACUCGGCCCCGCCACCUCAAAAUUCAUCCGCGAGCUGGGCCAGCUCAUCACCACCCGUACCGGCGAACGACGCGAGACCGAAUGGCUAUUACAGCGUCUCUCGAUCGCUGUUGUGCGAGGCAACGCCGCCGCGGUUCUCGCCACAGCCGCCACAGACCGGGCGAGGGCAGACCGCCGACAGCAGCCACCAUCAGACGUGACAGGGGAGCGCACCCGGCCUUCGCCUCCUCCGUCUGUGACGACCGGCCGAGCCUCAGCUAAACAGACAGCAAGGCAGGCCUCACCCGAGUUCUUAGCUGACGAGCCGCUGGCACUCCCGUCGGAGGAGGCCUCUGCACCGCCCAACACCAGACUGUCUCACCACUCACUGCCCGGCAACCCCAGCGAAGACGGCGGCGGGACUGGCAGUGAAUCUGACGGCAGACCGCUCGGUCUCACCGGCCUCAGGAACACGGGCAACACCUGCUUCCUGAACACAGUCGUCCAGUGCCUGAGCAACACACGCGCUCUCCACGAUUACAUCCUGCGCGAUGGACGCUCCUCAGAUGCCAGCAUGCCUGCCGCCGCUACGAAGGGGUCCCUCAUGAACACAUUCAGCGCCCUGAUACGCGACAUGUGGACAUCCUCGGACGAAACGGAGCGGGUGCUCACCACCGCACCACUCAAGUCGAUGAUCCAACGGCUCGCGCCACGCUUCAUGGGCUCUCAGCAGCAGGACGCGCAGGAAUUCCUCAGAUAUCUGCUGCAGGGACUUCACGAGGACGUGAACCGGGUGACGAGCCGGCCAAAGCCGAUCACGACCGACAUCGACGACUCACUGAGCGCCAGUCAAAAGUCAAUGGAGGCCUGGAAACGUUUCUUGCGCCUGGAAAACUCCAAGUUUGUUGACCUGUUCGUGGGCCAGCUCAAGGCUACCCUGCGGUGCACGGUAUGUGGCCACGCAUCGGUUACCUUCGACCCGUUCUGGGAUCUGAGUCUGCCAAUCCCGUCACGAAGUGGCCAGGUGCGCCUACAGGCCUGUUUUGACCUGUUCACCAAAGAGGAGGUGCUCGAUGGCGACGAAAAACCGACCUGCUCAAAGUGCCAGAAGCGCCAAAAGUGCACCAGGAGCCUCUCGAUCCAGAAGUUCCCUCGUAUCUUGGUGGUCCACCUGAAGCGGUUCUCGCCGCAGGAGAGGUUCCGCGGGAAGCUGAACACCACUGUCGACUUUUCGGUGAACGGCCUGGACCUGUCGCCCUACUCGGCCGGACAGACGCCCUGCCGGUACAGCCUAUACGGCGUGGCGAACCACUCUGGCACGCUGCUCUCAGGACAUUACACCGCUCACUGCCGACACCCGUACACGGCAGAGUGGUACGAGUACAACGACUCGCGGGUCCACGUGAUGGACCAGAGAAACGUCAACAGCGGAAAGGCUUACGUGCUGUUCUUUGAGCUGGCCGGCUCGAAACACCGCUCCGGCUCGACCCACGUCUAGUCAUCCAGUCACGGGAGAGGAGCCUGCGAUCGUCACCCGCUCGGGCCCUGUGUAGUCACACCGACCGGCGCACAUUCUGCUCGGACAACUCUAGCCAGCGGCCUAUUGUGAUUUGUGAUAUUGCGUGUAAGGUGUUGUGAAAAACCAGAACAGCCUUUGGAUCUCACUGAAAACAUUGG